AUGCCCCUUCCCCAUUUCUCGGCUCUCUCCCCGCGCGUAUCCCGUUCUUCCGUUUCCGCCGCCUUCUCUUGCGCGGCGCAGCGCCUCUCCGCCAGUGGAACCCCCCGCGCGACACCCCUUUCCGCUUCCACCUCACGCACACUCCUAGCUCCCCCUGCCGCGAAUACGCGUGUUGAUCCCGCAACCGCCGUUCUUCCGCCGAGCUUUCCGCACACUUCCGCUCGACCGCUCGACCGAGCUUUCCGCAAAUCCCGCGCAUUCACCGGCAAUUCCGCAAAGCUCCCGAGCGGGAUACUCACACCUCCCUCUAACGCGUCCGCUUUUUCCGCCAGUUCGCGCGCGGUUCCCGCGAGAGCUCAGAUGGCGUCCGCAGCCGUUGGCGACGCGGAGAGCGUGCCGGAAAUUAAGGGACGCGUGGAGGCGAACGGCGUGGCGGUGCUGACGAUGGAUCGCCCCAAGGCACUCAACGCCAUGAACCUAGGCAUGGACCGCGCGUACAAGGCGCUGCUGGACCAGUGGGCGGUGGACCCGCGCGUGAAGGCCGUGCUGGUGGAGGGCUCCACUCCGCGCGCCUUCUCCGCUGGAGGCGAUGUGAAGGCCAUUGUCACGAGCAACCGAGAGGAACUGGGCAUGGAGGAAACAGCCGUGCAGGUGUUCACAGCAGAGUACACGCUCAUCUGCGCCAUAGCGCGUUACCCCAAGCCCUACAUCGCUCUCAUGGACGGCGUCACCAUGGGCUUCGGCCUCGGCCUCUCCGCUCACGGCCGCUACCGCGUUGUUACUGAGCGCGCCCUGAUGGCCAUGCCAGAGAACGCCAUUGGUCUCUUUCCCGAUGUGGGCUUCGCACGCAUCGCUGCUCUCACGCCCGCCGGCGGUGCUCUCGGCACGUACAUGGGCAUGACGGGGGCGCGCAUCAGCACGCCCAACGAUGCCCUCUUGGCAGGCCUCGCCACACACUAUGUUCCCUCCGCUGCUCUGCCCAACCUCAAACAAGACCUGCUCCAGGCUGAAUUCAGUGCGUCAGACGCCUCCUCCCUCGUAGAGACCAUCCUGUCCCGCCACGCACAGCCCACCUCCGCCGCAGCAGCAGCAGCAGGGGGGGAAGGCGCAGGUGUGGCGGCGGGGUCUCAGAUAGAGGCGGUGCUGCCGGCCAUAGAGCGGUGCUUCCACCGCUCCCAGUGCCCCACCGUGCCCCACGUGCUGGCAGCUUUGAGGGCGGAGGAGCAGAGCGCUGAUAGCACAGUGUCGCAGUGGGCCAGGGACUCCCUGCAGGCCAUGGCAGCAGGAGCGCCCUUGAGCCUGGCAGUCACGCUCAAGCACUUCCAUGCGCUCUCCACUCGCGCUGCUCAUGCUGCCGCCACUGCCCCCAACCAGGCGCAGGCUGCGAAGCUGCUCCCUAUAGAGGAUGUGAUGCGCACAGAGUACCGCAUGGCACUGCGCACAUCUGUCAGACCCGACUUCCUGGAGGGCGUCCGUGCUGUGCUUAUCGACAAGGACAAGAACCCGAAGUGGUCCCCUGCAACUCAGGAGGAGGUGGAUGAAUCUGAAGUGGAGGCUGCAUUUGCUCCGUUCACUAACCCAUCUGACGAACUUGCACCAUCACGCCUCAUCACCGCCUACCUUCCGUCAUCGUUCCAUCCAACGCCUGCCUUCGCCCUCUCGCCGUUCCAUUCGCCGCUUACCCCUUUCGCUCGGCUUGUUCAACCAGACCUUCCGUCCACAAUGGCCAUGUGGCUCCGCGCAGCGUCUCUGGCAGCACGUCGAAGCAGCAACUACGCCCGAGUUUUGACGGGAAGCCAAGCUGUCGCUCCUGCUCCGGCCCGCAUUUUCCCGGCUCUUACCCGACAGUUCUCUCAAGUCGGGCAUGGAAGUGGUGGCCGUGAUGGCGGUGUUAACAUCCGCGGCCCUCCCGAGACCCUGCCCUACAAUGUGCGAGGAUUGAAUCACAUCGCCAUUGCAGUUCCCGACCUCUCUGCAGCCUCGGAGUUCUACCGCACCACUUUCGGCGCGCAGGUUUCCGAGCCCCAUGAUCUGCCUGAGCAUGGAGUGCGCGUGGUCAUUGCUCAAGUGAGCAACUGUACAGUGGAGCUCCUGCACCCGCUAGGCGAGAAGAGUCCCAUUGCCAAGUUCCUCGAGAAGAACCCUAGAGGAGGAAUGCACCACCUCUGCUUCACUGUUGAUGACAUCGGUGCUGCCUCCAAGCACGUGGCGACGGAGGGUAUUCGUGUUCUGGGUGAUGGCAAGCCCAAGAUUGGUGCUCAUGGAAACCCUGUCCUGUUCCUGGAUCCCCGUGACAACCUAGGCGUGCUAUGCGAGUUCGAGCAGGUCUCUUGUGCUGAGCCGCACAAGGCAUGA